UAAAGAUCAGUGAAAAAUUAAUAUACAUACGUUUUAGUGUUAUUUAUAAGAUUUUUUUUUUAUAAACUAAGAGGGAGUAUUGUUCCAUUCAUGUCGACACGUAUUUGCCUCGUAGCCUUAAUUGGUUUACCAGCUGCUGGAAAAAGUAGAUUUAGUAGGUGGAUCCUAUCGAUACCUCAACAACAGUUCAACGUCAUUCAUCUUUGUUACGACGAUUUUCUGCCAGCACAAGAUGAUACUCUAAAUGCGGAAAUAGAAUUAAAAUUACAACGUAGCAAAAUAUUGGCAAAUAUAAACUCGCUUAUAUGUGAAUUAAAUGAUAAUGCUUAUAUAGCAAGAGAUAUCAUUAAAUCUGUAAAAUUAUCUGAAAAAUGCAACGACUUCCUAAUCCUAUGUGAUGACAAUAAUUACUAUCGUAGUAUGAGAUAUAAACUGUAUCAGUUGUGCAGGCAGAACAAGUGUGCUUAUGCACAAAUUUACUUAGAGUGUGACUUAAAAUUGGCAUUAAGCCGAAAUAGUGCACGGCCUGAUAAUGAGCGAGUGUCCGAGGAAAUUUUGCAGCGAAUGGAAAUAAGACUGGAGAGACCCAAUUCAGCAAAACAUCACUGGGAGGAAAACACCUUAUUCCUGGAGGGAUGUGACAACUUCGCAAUAAUGAAAGCUGGUAUUUUGGAUUUUCUCUCUAAGUCGCUUGAUAAAAUAGUACAACCUCUGACACAAUCUGUUACUACUACUGAAACAGUGGUGUCAUUGCUGCACCAACUUGAUUUGCUACUACGAAAACGAAUUGGUGAAAUUUUGCGGUUGGAGAAUGAUACAGCUGAGCGGUCAAAAAGGUCUAAAAUGCUGAUAGCUAAGCGUAAAGCAAUACUCCAAGAAGUCAGAAAGAAAGUUGAAAAGGAGUCGAUAAGUAUUGAUGACUUGGACAUAUAUGUAUAUUUCUUGAACUAACUUUUGUAUAAACUAUAACUAUCAAUUUAAAAACUACUACAUAUAAGCCUGUUGGUAAUAUGAUCGCAUUAAAACAAAUUUAUAGGUUUAUUAUUUUUAUUGCAUAAAGACAAACUCUAUAUUUCAUUAAAGCAUUGCUUUAUAUUACAUAUUUGGUAUAUAUAAAUUUAAAGAAUAUACUAAAUUUAUAUAAAACCAUUAUAUUACAUAUAGUAAUGUUAAUAAUUUACUCACACUUUUGUUAAUUACGCUACACAGUUAAUAAAAACUUUUGUUGCG